GGGAACGGGCACUGCACCCCGAUGGAGGUGGAGGUUGCUCAGCCAGAGACCUCUGAAGCAGAAAGCAAUGGUGAAGAGCAGCACCAAAGCACCGGGGGACUGUACCAGUGCCGGCUGUCAGACGGUGGCAUGCCAGAUAUCGGGGUCCAUUCUGCCCAGCGAGAAGGUUGCCGCAUAUGGAAGAUGCACAUCCUGAAGGGGACCGAUGGGCUGGGAAUCCAGAUAACGGGAGGCAGAGGAUCAAAGCGGUCCCCGCACAGCAUCAUCAUCACGCACGUGGAGGAAGGAGGCUCUGCACACAGGGAUGGCAGACUGACGGCUGGCGAUGAGCUCCUCAUGAUCAACGGGCAGUCGCUGGUGGGGCUCUCCCACCAGGAUGCCGUGGCUCUCCUUCGCUCGGCCGCUGGUCUGGUGCAGCUGGUGGUCUCUAGCAAGGAAUCUUCUGAAGGGGAUUUUCUCAAGUAUCCAUCUACCAGUUUGCCAGACUUGCUUAGCACUUGCUCUGUCCAAGACUGUGUCUCUUGCACUGACAAUAAGGAAAACGAAGAGCCUGAAGAAGAAGAUGUGCAAGGAGUGAAUGUGUCUCCUGAAAAACUGGUUGCUGUAAGUGUGGUUUUGGUGUGACGAUUUUACUCUCUCCCUUGAUGCCUAUUUGCAUCUGUCACA